AUGCUGGCGGGGGUGAAGUUCGUGGCGGGUGGGGGCGACAGUUCGGGCGAAAGCGACAAGGGGCGCAAGCGGCGGCACAAGGACGAGCAGAAGAAGCACAGGCACGGCAAGGAGCGCAAGGAGAAGAAGGCGUCGAAGAAGGAGCGCAAGAAGGAUAAGCACGAACGCAAGGGCGGGCGCCGUAGCACCAGCAGCAGCCCUGACAGGAGCAGGAGCCCUCCCAGGAGCCUGGAGCCUCACCCAGCACAAGCGCAGCCACGCACCGAUGACGCUGCGGUCGCGACGAAGCAGGCCGACGCGCCGGGCGGAAGGUCUGACUGGAUGGUCGAGGAGGCGGGCAUCUCCGCGAUGUUCGAGGACCCGCGCUUGAAGCGCGAGCGCGAGGCCGAGGAGAAGCGCCAGCAGGACCAGCACGCAACCAGGGUCAAGAUGAGCGCGAGGGAACUCAAUCCGGAGAUGCGCAUCGGCGCCGAAAAGGGCCAAGCUGCCGCGGCGCCGCACGUCGCGACCAAGGCGGGGGUGGGCGACAUGGGGAAGUCCUGGCGCAUCAAAGCGCUCCGGCGGGCGCGGGAGCAGUCCAAGGAAACAGGCGUGCCCGUGGAGGAGCUCGUCAAGGAUCGGUGGGGGUCUCUCGCGGAGCUUAUGGCGGGUAUUACGGAGGAUGACAUACGGGCUGCGUCAGGGCACGCGCACUCGGCGGCGGCGCGGGCACGGCGCGAGGGCCGCGAGGUUACAGUCGCGGUGCGCGAGGGCGGCGCGGCGGACCGCAAGGGCGGCUGGCGGGAGCGCGCGCGGGAGCGGCGGCGCGACCGAGAGGGGGGGGCCGCGUCUGAGCGCAGCAGCGACGACCGGCGGGACCGCGGCGGCAGGAACGACCAGCGGGACGAUCGGCGGGAGCGCGAGCGCGAGGGCGGCGACCGGCGCCGCGACCGGCGUCGCGAGGAGGGCAGCGAGGGCCCGCAGAGGGGGGGGAGUGACCGCGAGAGGCCCCGGGGGCGUCAGGGGUACCUCAUGGACGUGCGCGCAUCCGGAGAGAACGACCCCGCGCGGCGGAAGAUGGUCCGUCCGGGCGGGAGGGGGGGUGUCUCGUCUGACGUCCUCGAGACGGCCCCGGGUAUGAACAAGUUUGCGAACGACGGGUCGUUCUGGGACAAGUUUUCGGGGGGGGUGUCCAAGGAGGCCCUCGAGGAGGCCGAGCGCGACGCCACGCGCCGGGAGACCACCGUGCGGGAGCGCAGCACGGUCGCGGACGAGGAGGCGGCGCUGUGGGAGCAACGCGAACAGGAGGAGACGGGGGACGGGGGUGGCGGCGGCUCCGGCGACGAGCGGGGCGGUGGGGCGGCGGCGCCGGCGAGCGCGAACAUGGGCGCGGCGGCCGCGCUGCGUGCGCGCCUGGGCGGCGGCGCAGCAACGAAAGGAGACGAGAGACAACGCUCGCCCGACGCAGGCGCUGCCGCGCCGCAGGGCGGCAACCUCGGGGCUGCGGCGGCGCUGCGCGCGCGUCUGAUGGGCCGCGCGCCGCCCGCGAGCGACGGGGCGCGGCCCGCGGAGGCGCACGGCGCGGGCAGGAAGCGCGAGCGCCACGAGGAGGUGCUGCCGCUAAUAGACGCGAAGGGCAUGCCGGUGGCAGGUGCGUUCGGGCGGGAGGCGGCGUCGCGCGGCGCGCAGGAGAAGCGCGUGCGUGCGGGGCGUGCGGGGGUCCAGCGGUAUAACGCGGAGACGGGGGAGCGGGAGAGGUACUUCAAGGAUGACGACGAGGGGGGGAAUAUUGCGGAGAUGGCGGCGCGGGAGCGGCUGGGCGGGCGGGACAUGGACCGCGACUUCGCGAUGAAUGUCGCGCGGACGAAGCGGUUCCGCGUCGACAAGGAGAUGGACGCGGACGCCGAGUACGACUUCGACCAAGGGAUCGAGAUGUUCGAGCGCCGGCGCGGCAAGGAGACCAAGGACCAGGCCGAGGCGCGCGACCGGCAGCGGCAGAUCGGCGAGCACCGCCGCGUCACCGGCAUUCAGUCCAAGUGCCUGUAUUGCGUCGAGAACGGGGCGCGUCCGCGGCACCUGGUGGUCGCGGUGGCGACGACGACGUACCUGAUGCUGCCGCCCACGGGGCGGCUCGCGGACCGGCACUGCCAGAUCGUCGUCGCGGAGCACACGCCGUCGGUCCGCCAGGCGCUGGACGACGAGACGACCGCGCUGGAGAUCCGCAACUUCAAGAAGUGCCUCAUCCGCAUGGCCGCGGAGCACAACGAGGGGGUAGUGUUCAUGGAGACUGCCAUGGGGCUGGGGACCUUCCGGGGACACGCGCGGAUCGACGCGGUGCCCGUGCCGCGCGACGUGCUCGACGAGGCUCCGAUGUGGUUCAAGAAGGCCAUUGACGAGUCCGAGAGCGAGUGGAGCACUCACCAUGGCAAGCGGCUGUUGAAGCUGACGCCCAGCCGGCCGCUGCAGUCGUCCGUGCCGCCGAGCUUCCCGUACCUCGCCGUGGACUUCGGCCUCGACGACGGGUACGCGCACGUCAUCGACGACGAGGCGAAGUUCCCCGCGAACCUCGGCCGGGACACCCUCAUCAGCAUGCUGGGACUCCCCCCGGAAGACAUGCAUCGACGCGGCAGGACGGAGGCGCGCGGGGCGCAGGACAAGGUGCUCGGGGCGUUCCGGGCCGCGUGGAACCCGCACGACUGGACCAAGCAGCUCGACUAG